UCGAAGGGGUGCUGAAUUUGAAGGGAGGAGGUGGGUUUAUGAUAAAAGGUUUGGGUAUGAACGUAGAAGGGAUGAUUGAGACACUUGGGGGGAACCACCUCCUUGGGAAAGGAGAAAUUAUGAAGGGAAUAGAGGGAACAAAGGCGAUUCGACGGUGUGGAAAUUGAAGAUGCCCUAUCUUUGAGGGAGAUGGUGCAUAUGGGUGGAUCUACAGGGUGGAAAGGUACUUUACUGUCAAUAGGUCGACGGAGGAAGAGAAGCUGACGGCAGCUGAGAUGUGCUUGGAAGGGAAAGCUUUAGCAUGGUAUCAAUGGAGGGAUACAAGACGACCAAUAAGGAUUUGUAGGGAGUUUAAGGAUUGCCUGUUGGAACGUUUUCAAACUAGUAGGGGAGGGGAUUUCUAUGAGUAGUUCUUCGCUUUGAUGCAUGAGGGGACAGUGAUGGAGUACCGUGAGCAAUUUGAGUACCUUGUCAGUCAAUUUGAGCAGAGGCACUUCUAAAAAGAAGUAGGAGGCAACAGUUCAGGAGGCUCAUACAUGAUGACCACCACCUUUUUGGCAAGCAAGGAGCCAACACCUGGUACUCUUAGGAAGACUUCGAAAGAGAAGACUGUUGGAGGAAGACCUGGGUACAACUUCAAGAAGCUCAAAGAAACAUAAUUACAGGAGAAGAGAUCGAAGGGGAUCUGUUUCAGAUGUGACGAGUGUGAAAACCCGAAAAUGCCGUUUUAGACCUCCCACGCUUUUCAAAGCGCCGCGACGAAUUUUAAGUGAAAAAUUCAAUGUUGUCGGAUUUCGACGGGUUUAAUUUUAGAAAAUCCUACGCAAAAUUCUGAUCAAAUUGAUAUAUAGAACUUAUAGUUAAAUUGGAUUAUUUUAAGAGGUAAUAAUUUUAGAAGUUUCAUAAUACCGGUUUUGCCCCUAAUCAAAUGAACUACCAAAAUUACUUAAGUAAGGGCAAGAGGGUCAUUUGCAAACCUUAUAUCUUUAAUAUGAGUAAACCUCCCCUCCCCUCCCCACUUUUCAUUCGGCCGAACCGAAGGAGUUCGCGAAAAGGAGAGCAGGCGCGCGGAAGAGGAGCGGCGGGAGGCUUGGGUGGCUGCUCCGGCGGUGGUUUCCGGCGGUCGGCUUUGAGGGAAAUUGUAGAGGAGAAUAAGAGGAAGAUUAAGGUAUGCUUUACUUAUGUAUUCCUCCUUUCCUCUCAAAGUUUUCUUAAAAUGAAAAUCUAGGGUUUGAGGGGAAACUUUGUUUUUCUUUAAGAAAAUGUUAGGAUAUGUUUAAGAAAUGAUCUUGUGCAUAAGAAUGAUGUUUUUCUUAAAAAAAAAUGUGGAGUAAGGAAAUUAGGGUUUUAGGGAAACUUGAGUUUUCUUUAAGGUUCCUUUGACAAAAGUUUAGGGAAGGGUUAGAGAAUGUUUUUAAACCCUAAUGUGAAGUGUUUUAUUGAAAAAUAUGAAUUUUGGAAAUUAGGGUUUUCUCUAAAGUUGGAGUUUUUGGAAGUGCAUUUGCAAAUAUUAUUCCUAAGGGUCCUAAGAGAGUUUUUAAGAGAAGAAAUUAAGUUUUUCUUAUAAGAUCUUAUUUUCCUAAUUUUUAAUUAAUUUAAAUCCGAAAAUGGAAAAUAUUUAAUUAUGAUUUAGGUGUGGGGGAGAGGAUAACAUGUUUAUUUGAGGGAAAUAAUGAAAAUAGGUUUUCUAAAAUUAGGGUUUUAGGUAAAUCCGAAAAUAGAAUUAUUUUAAAUUAAUUUAGAUUAAGGAGAAAGUGUUAUGUUGAUUAAUAUUAGGUAAUUAGACAAAAAUUAUGAGUUUUUAGAUUAUGAUAUACUUUAUGUGAUCUUUUGGAAAGAGGAAGAGGAAGAACUUAGGGUAGAUUGUAAAAAAAUAGAAUGGGAACAUUAAUUUAGAUUUAUUAUAAAUGUAUUUGAAGAAGAAAUUAUAUCUUUUAGGUGUUUUAAAGAAAUCUCGAAGGAAGAAGGAUUAGCGUGAAGAAAUCAAUUUUCCAAACUUCUGUAAGUAUGCACUGUUCUUUAUUUCAGUAAUAUCUCUUGCUUUCUCACAUGUUAUAUGAUUUGAUAGCUCCAAUCUUAAUUCUUUACUCAUACCAAAUGAAUGAUCAUACAAAUUACAUGUACAAUUUAUGAUAUCUUACGAUAAGGUUUAUAUGUUAUAAGGAAUAAGAUGGAAUGAAAUGAUAUGCUUAUGUAUAUUGAAUGCUUGCAUGUGUAUGUUGAAAGGAUGGAGUUCACCCCCUUAUGGUACUAGCUGGGGACGCUGUACUCGUGCACGAUAAAAUGGUAAAGGAUAUGGAAAAGGAAAAUGGUAAAGGUGUACCUUUAUGGUACAGACGGUGACUCCUGUGACGGUUGUAUUAUAUACGAAAAGAGAAAGACAUGUAUAAUGUUAUGAAUAUGGAAAGGAAAAUGAAAGAUAUGGUUUAUGAUAUGAUAUGUUUAAUGCUAUGUUAGUAUGGAAUCAUUUUAUGUUAUGUUCAUAUGAAAUUUGCAUCUAUCAUAUUAUUCAGUUUCCUUGUUUACUGUAGUUUAGAAUUGUGUAUUGCUUACUGAGCUUUAGCUUAAUGUUAGUUGUUAACAUUUUCAGGUGAGCUUAAUUUUAUUCAAUGAGUAGAAGGGGCGGCAUUGUUUAUCGUAGGGCAGGAGCUCCGGAAGAAAGGGCUGAGGAACCUGAACCUGAUGCCACUAAUGGCAACACUGGAGAGGUCAGGAGAGUAUUACCAACAGUAGUAGAGCCUCAAGGCAGUAGCAUUAAUGCUACUUUGGAUGCUUUCACUCAAAUGAUGGCGUCUAUGACACAGAUGAUAAGAAAUGUUCAGACUCAAGCUGGAGGUAGUGGAAGUGCUCCAAUUGACAAGUAUUUAAAGUUAUUCCAGGACAUGAAGCCACCAUCAUUUGAGGGAGGUGGAGCUAUAGAAGCAGAGGACUGGUUAAUGGAAGUUGAGAAGAUUUUGGAGGGGAUGCUAUGCCCUCAGGAUAGGAGGGUAGCCUUAGCUACUUAUGCCUUCAAGGGGGAGGCAAACAGAUGGUGGAGAAGACAAUUGGAAGAAACUUUUACUGGGAGAUCUAGCAGUCAAAUCACAUGGGAGGAAUUUGUCAAAGUAUUUAGAGAUUGGUAUGUACCAAUGACUGCCAGGAGAUCAAUGCAAGACAAAUUUAAUAGAUUGGUACAGGGAGAUAAGACUGUUGCAGAGUAUGAGGCUGAAUUCACGAUGCUAUCUAGGUAUGCCUCUCAUCUGAUUCCUAAUGCAGAAGAGAAAUGCCACCGUUUCCUUUGUGGCUUGAGGGACAGCCUUAGACAGCCUUUGGUUGCUUUGGAGAUUGAAGAUUACUCUAAAUUAGUUGAUAAAGCACGGAAGGUUGAGCUGGAUAUUCAGAGUACUCAAAAGAGGAGAGACUUCCAGAAGAGGAAGUAUGAAGAUAGAUCAAGGCCUGCACAAUCUUUUCAUUCUGGAAGGCCAAAUUGGAAGAAGCCCAAGCCCAACACUUCAGAGAGCAGCACACCAUCUGCUAUGUGCAAUAAGUGUGGAAGGGCUCAUAGGGGAGAGUGCCUUUCUGGCACCAAUACAUGUUUUUGGUGCCAUCAGCCAGGGCACAUGGCAAAGUUUUGCCCUACCUUGGGACAGAAGUCUACUCCAGAGGCCAGAACAGGUAGUGCUCCUCAGAGAACAGUUGGAAGGCCUAGGGUGGUGGAGUCUACUGCAUCAACUCCAAGUCAAGGCCAAGCUAGACAACCUGUUCAGCCAAGAGUCUAUGGUCUAUCCCCUCAAGAAGCAAAAGACUCUCCUGAUGUUAUCACAGGUAUGAAUUUUGUUAAUGGCAAUGAAUUCCUUUAUGUUGUUAUGUGAAAUAAGCUUUAUGUUAUGUUACAUGCAUGAUUUUUAGGAACGAUCCUUGUCUGUAACAAGCCUGUUAAGGUAUUGUUUGAUACGGGAGCCUCUCAUUCUUUCAUUUCGGAGGAAUUUGUUAAGUCUGUUGGUUUAUCUUCCUCAUUUAUGCUCAAACCCUUAUCUGUUAUGAUGCCCAAUGGGAGUCAGUUGGAAACCAACAAAGGGUGUCAUGUGGAGUUGAUUGUAGGUGAUAGAAAUUUGGGCGCAGAUCUUAUGUUAUUGCCAUUAAAGGAGUUUGAUAUGAUCCUAGGGAUGGAUUGGUUGUCUAGUCACUUUGUGACCAUAGACUGUA